AAUCCGCGAGACCGUGCCCAGCAGCGCGCGCGCACGCUCCCGACUCGACACGAACGACUCUCGCGAUCAUUCCAAUACAUGGCAAUUGUUUGACUAUUAUUAUGUGAUAAUUUCGCUGUAAGACGCGUAUUUAAAAAAUAUUUAAUCAUUAUUUAAGAAUCUCAUUUAUUUAUUAGGCAUUAAGUUCAGUAAUCUAUUAGUGCGUCAAAAUGACAAUAAAAAAUAAAAAGACUAAACAAUCAAAAUCUUCUGAAGUGACGUCGAGUAGUGCUUCAACUAGUGUUCAGAAAAGCAGCACUUCCACCUCCGUCCAACAGAGCAGCAACACUUUGCAAAAGAUCAGCUCUGGCAAGAAGGUGCGCUACAUCGAGGUAAAGGUCGAAGAAGAUGACCCACUAAUGAUAACUGACGUAACCGACCACGCUUCGAUAAGCGGCUCCACCAUAUCCGAGCACUACAACAGCCAUCCCCAUUACAUUAUCACUGAAGCUCCGUCUAUGACAGACUUGUCUCAAAUACGAUCUCAAGAACACCACGUCAGCGACAUGUCUCAAGCAACAACCGGUGAGUUUGUUUCGUCCUCUGUUCAGCAAGAAUCUUCUUCAUCAUCUCACCAUCAGAGCUCUAAAAGUGAGGAAUUUCAAUCGUCAUCACACUCAAUCCAGCAAUCAGGUUCCAGUCAUAGUCAAUCUUUUGACAGAACCAUGGAUUCUAACGCCGCCAACAAGACCCUCGAUACUGCAUUUAUAGAUAAAUCUAUACGAAAUGUUGCACAUGUUAAUCCCGGUUUUGUAUCAAGAUCUGAUAAGGCUAACAUAACGAAUGAUUUCUUACAAUCUGAACGUCAGGAUGUAACAAAAACACAAUCGACUCAAAGUACGACUGACAACACCACGAAAAAAUUGAUAAAUGGCAAAAUAGUCAAUGUCAAAGAUACUAAGAACAAGCGCGAGAAAGUAACACGAAACACUCCAGAACCUUCAAACCGAGUCCAAACUGUAAAAUCAGAUACAGCUAACUUCUACGGCGGAGAAGGAAGUAUUGACAAAAAUAUUAAAACAAAAGAAUACUCUAGCACAUCUCAAUCAAGUGAAACUAAAAGCAGCAGCGUCACAAAGUCAUCAUCGACAUCAUACGUUGUCGAAAUAGUAGACGGAAAAGAAAGAAUUAUUGACAGUUCAAAGAGAGAAUGGGGUGAUGCUAAAGAACAUGCUUCUCAGGAAUCCUACGCUAGUGUUAGUGGAACAGAUAUAAAGCCUCAAUCUAUUUAUAGUUCACAGAAUUAUGAUAUGAAAUCUAAUUAUGAUUCUGGAAAAGACGGUAAAAAGCCGACGAGUGAAAUGAUAGUCAAAGAAGACUCUAAACUGAUCAAAGAUGGAAGUUAUGUUACUAGUCAUCAGAGUGUUAUUGCAGAAAAAGAUAAUAACAAACAACAGGAAUUCAGUUCUAUUCAAGGUGAACUGACAUCUCAAGGCAAACAUAAUAAAACAACGACAUCUAAGGAUUCUAAUUUUGUAAAAAGUAACGUAGUAUAUGACAAAAAUGCAGUGAAAAAUGUUAUUUCGAAUAAAGAAAUUGAAGACAACAAAAGACAUAAUAUUUCGGAGAAAGAUAUUAAACGACAACAAUUAAGUUCUAAUCUUGAUCAACACACAACACAAGACCAAUAUUCAACAGUUACAUCAGAAGAUUUUAGUACUGUACGUAACUCUAAAGAUACCAUAAAAAAUGUCUCUUCGAGCACACACCUUGUUGACGACAGAAGACGUAACGCGAAUACAACAGAUUCAUCUAAUUUUUAUGGAUAUGAUUCGACUAUAAAUAAUGAGCUGAGAAAGGUUGGUGAUAUUUUGCAAGUUCCUAAUACGGAAAAUAUUAAUUUUUCGACAAAAAUAUUAAAAACCAACACUAGCAGUGCAGAGCAGGCAUCUACAUCUUCUUAUGUUUUUGAGAUUGUAGACGGACAACAAAGAAUUGUUGAUAGUUCCCAAAGAGAAUGGGGAGACAGUAAAGAUCAUUCAACAUACGAAAAAAGUCAUAAUGUUAGUGGUACAGGUAUAAAACCCCAGCAUGAAUACUCUCGCCACGUGCUAGAUAAAGAAUCUCAUUACGAUACUGGCAAAAAUGGUGUGCCGACAAGCUCAUCGCAAUUAACAGAAGAAUCUGUUUUGUAUAAAGAUGGCAAAGAAAUUGCAUCAACCAGAAAUGUUUAUGAAGGAGACUUUACAAAGAAACAGGCAAUUACUGAGCAUGAUACAAGUAUGGAUGUACUCAAUAAGCGUAUAGAAAAUACAUCCACUGAUACAACUGUCACUUCUUUCAAAGGUAAACAAUCAACCACGAAGGAUAUUAGUGACGUCACGAAGACAACAGACUUUUUGACAACUGAAAAGAAAAAUUUAGAAAAACAAACAAAGAGCUCCUCUUCUACAGCAAUGUCUGAGACAAAAGAUACUUUAACUAGCUACGAAAGAAGUACUGGCACUUGGAAUGGAAAGUUUAUUUAUGAAACGGAUGAAGGGCGUCCUAAAAAACCGAAACAAGUAACACCUUUUGGAACACCUGAACAACCAAGACAUCAUUUAAAACGACAGGAUACUGAAGAAAAUAUAAUAUUGUCAUCCCGUGAUAUAAAAGAUUUUACAUCAAUUAGUGAUCUGCGUAAAAUAAUAGAGACAUCACAAUUUAAAAAGGAUGUAAAAGUCAGUGAUAAAAAUAUAGUUAUCAACAGAAAUAUUGAUGACCGCGUCCUGAAAGAAAUUAUAGACACCGUUAAAAAAUACCCAUUUAAAAGAAUAGAAAAGGUAUCAUUUGGAACUAAAAUAAAUGAAGACGUUAAGGAUCUUUAUGAAGGUAUAGAUACUGAAGAAACUACAGUGUUGACGACUAGUAGUGGAGAUCUUACAAGAAAAUCAUUUGAAAUAGAGAAGAACAGAAGUCAAAUAGAGGUUACUCGUUACAUUACUGAAAAUGGUAUAACUAGAAAAGAAACAACAUAUGAGGAUGCAAAAGAAGAUGAAAAAGUCAAAACUAAUGUUUUCGUCGAUAAAAGUGCGUUAGACUUCAAAAACUUGACCGAUGUCCACACGACGAAAUAUGAUGAAAUUCGAGAACACGACGUGGUAGAUCGAGCCAUCACUGACACCACCCGAGAGGACGCCACCGUCCGCACCGUCUACGAUGAGAGAAUCAUCGAUGAUAGGAAAACUGUGCGGGACGACAGAACUACGACUCAGGAGACCGUCAUCAUCGAUGAGAAAAGACCUAAGCAUGGCGGCCCCAAGAAACCAGAGAAGACAGUUAUCACAGAACAAUGCAUUUGCGAAAUCUGUACUUGUGGGCGUCACCGCUGCCCACACAACGAUGUCCCGGAGCCAUUGUUCGAUGUGGAGCACACUACGAGCGUGGUCUCCGCAUACAAACAAGAUUACGACGAGAAACACGUGAGCCGCACUACCGCCGUCCACCACGAGGACCACUUACGUCUCGAGGGAGACUUCCAAGAGCCACAGCGUCCUCACUGGCAACCUGCCGAACGACCGAAACCAAAAAAGCCAGAAGACAACCUUAAACCUGAAGGCGAUUUUGAAAGGCGGCAGCCUGAUGAGUGGCGGCCGGGUGAGAGGGCUCCCGUAAAGAAACCUGAAGAUAAUUUGAAACCCGAAGGUGACUUUGAAAAACGACGCCCAGAGGAAUGGCAGCCAGGAGAUAGAGCUCCUGUCAAGCGACCCGAAGAUAACUUAAGACCAGAAGGUGAUUUUGAAAGAAGAAAACCAGAUGAAUGGCGCCCAGGCGAUCGAGCUCCGGUAAGAAAACCAGAUGACAAUUUGAGACCAGAGGGUGAAUUUGCUACUCCCGAAAAAGAACCUUGGAGGCCUGCUGAAAGGCAAAAGCCAAAAAAACCUGAUGAUAACCUUAGACCUGAAGGUGAUUUUGAGAAACGCAAGCCCGAAGAAUGGCGUCCUGGUGAUCGAGCACCCGUACGACGUCCAGAAGAUAAUUUAAGACCGGAAGGUGAUUUUGAAAAGAGACGUCCUGAGGAAUGGCGUCCAGGAGAUAGAGCACCGAUACGCCGUCCUGAUGAUAAUCUAAGACCAGAAGGAGAAUUCACCACUCCAGACAAAGAACCUUGGCGUCCAGCUGAAAGGCCAAAACCUGUGAGACCUGACGAUAAUCUAAGACCAGAAGGUGACUUUGAAAAACGUCGACCUGAAGAAUGGCGCCCAGGAGAUAGAGCACCUGUUCACAAACCGGAAGACAAUCUAAGGCCAGAGGGUGAUUUCGAAAAGCGACGUGCUGAUGAGUGGCGCCCAAGUGAUCGUCCAAAAGCUAUAAAGCCCGAAGACAAUUUAAAACCCGAAGGUGACUUUGAAAAGCGAAAACCUGAAGAUUGGCGUCCAGGUGAAAGAGCCCCAGUUCGCCGUCCAGAAGAUAAUCUAAGACCAGAAGGCGACUUUGAAAAGAGAAAACCCGAAGAAUGGCAACCUGGAGAUAGAGCUCCUGUAAAGCGGCCUGAAGACAAUUUGAAACCUGAAGGAGAAUUCACAACACCUGAAAAGGAAAUAUGGAAGCCUGCGGAACGACCUAAGCAGAAGAAGCCAGAAGAUAAUCUUAAACCAGAAGGUGAUUUCGAGAACAGGAAACCGGAGAAAUGGCGACCUGGUGAACGAGAACCAGUAAGACGUCCUGAAGACAACUUGAAACCCGAAGGAGAGUUUACAACACCCGUAAAGGAACAAUGGAGACCUUCGGAACGACCUAAGCAGAUAAAGCCAGAAGAUAAUCUUAAACCAGAAGGCGUUUUCGAAAGCAGGAAACCGGAAAAGUGGCGACCUGGUGAACGUGAACCAGUACGACGUCCUGAAGAUAAUUUGAAACCAGAAGGUGAAUUCACAACACCAGAAAAAGAAAAAUGGAUACCGGCUGAACGUCCAAAACAGAAAAAGCCGGAAGAUAAUUUGAAACCAGAGGGAGAUUUCAUUAAAAGAAAACCCGAUGAAUUCGUUCCCGCUGAAAAAGCAGUAGUCAAAAAACCAGAAGACAAUUUACGCCCAGAAGGAGUGUUCACAACAACAAGAAGAGAAGACUACACGGUUGUGACUGGCGAACGAGCUGAAAUCGUUAGACGAGUAGACAAUAUUGUCACAGAAGGGGAAUUCACUGACACUACGACCUCACGUUCUGAGUACACUAUCAAACCAACAGAGCGACCGAAACCUGUCCGAAGAAAUACGUGGACUAAGAUAGAAGGAGAAAUGAUAACAGAUACAACUAAUAAAUCUGAGUUCAUUGAUUACUCGGAUAUAAUCGAGAGAACAACGUUGGUCACAAAGAGAACAGAUAAUAUUAUUCAUGAAGGUGAAAUAGAGUUUGUUACGUCAAAUCAAAAAGAAUAUACCGAAAAGGUUACACCAGUUGAACGUCCUCAAAGACGUCGUACAUGGACAAAAGAAGAUUUUGAAAAGUUCUAUUCGACAGAAGAUUUACAAAAAGUGACAACUUCCCAAGAAGAAUAUAGAACAUAUGAAGAGACCGAUGUACGACAGCAGCAAAUUAUCAGAAAGGACAAUUUACAUAUGGAAGGUACAUUUGAAAGCCACACGGUAUCACAUGAUGCAUUCCAACCCAAACUCACCGAAAGACCGAAGCAGAAGAAACCAAAGGAUAAUCUAAAACCAGAGGGAGAUUUUGAAAAGCCAAAACACGAUGAAUGGCGCCCAGCAGAGAGGCAAACCCCUAAAAAACCUCAAGAUAAUUUGAAACCAGAGGGUGAAUUCGAACAGCCGAAACACGAGGAGUGGCGACCAGCUGAAAGACAAACACCUAAAAAACCACAAGAUAAUUUAAAACCAGAAGGUGACUUUGAACAGCCUCGGCAAGAAGAGUGGCGCCCCGCUGAAAGGCCAGUUCAGAAAAAACCAAAAGACAAUUUAAAACCCGAGGGUGAAUUUGAACAACCUAAACAUGAGCAUUGGCAGCCAGCUGAACGACAAACACCUAGUAAACCUAAAGAUAACCUUAAACCUGAAGGAGAAUUUGAGCAACCAAAGCUUGAUGAAUGGCGUCCGGCUGAACGACCUGUUCAAAAGAAGCCUCAGGAUAAUCUUAGACCUGAAGGUGAUUUUGAAAAACCAAAACACGAUGAGUGGCGUCCUGCUGAGAGGCAAACACCAAAGAAACCACAGGAUAAUUUACACCCUGAAGGAGAGUUUGAACAACCUAAGCACGAGGAAUGGCGCCCCGCUGAACGUCCAGUGCAGAAAAGACCACAAGAUAAUCUCAAGCCUGAAGGUGAUUUUGAACAACCAAAACAAGACGAGUGGCGUCCUGCUGAACGGCCAGAGGCUAAGAAACCUAAAGACAACCUAAAACCUGAAGGAGAAUUUGAGAAACCGAAACACGAUGAAUGGCGUCCCGCUGAACGUCAAAUGCCUAAAAAACCUCAAGACAAUCUUUGGCCCGAAGGUAAAUUUGAACAACCUAAGCAAGAGGAAUGGCGCCCGGCUGAACGUCCAGUGCAAAAAAGACCACAAGAUAAUCUCAAGCCUGAAGGUGAUUUUGAACAACCAAAACAGGACAAGUGGCGUCCUGCUGAACGGCCCGAGGCUAAAAAGCCUAAAGACAAUCUAAAACCUGAAGGAGAAUUCCAGAAACCGAAACACGAUGAGUGGCGUCCUGCUGAGAGGCAAACACCAAAGAAACCACAGGAUAAUUUACACCCUGAAGGAGAGUUUGAACAACCUAAGUACGAGGAAUGGCGCCCUGCUGAACGUCCAGUGCAAAAAAGACCACAAGAUAAUCUUAAACCCGAAGGUGACUUUGAACAACCGAAAUAUGACGAGUGGCGUCCUGCCGAGAGACAGACGCCAAGAAAGCCUAAAGAUAAUUUGAAACCUGAAGGCGAAUUUGAGCAGCCCAGACACGAAGAGUGGCGCCCUGCUGAACGUCAAACGCCUAAAAAGCCACAAGACAACUUAAGACCAGAAGGUGAGUUUGAAUCUCCGAAGCCUGAAAAAUGGCGUCCUGCUGAGCGUCCUAUUCAAAAGAAACCCCAGGACAAUCUCCGACCUGAAGGUGAGUUUGAACAGCCAAAACAUGAAGAAUGGCGUCCUGCUGAGCGACCUGAAGCUAAAGUACCUAAAGAUAAUCUUAAACCUGAAGGCGAAUUCGAAAAACCGAAAUAUGAUGAGUGGCGUCCAGCAGAAAGGCAAACGCCGAAAAAACCACAGGAUAAUUUAUAUCCUGAAGGUGAAUUUGAACAACCAAAACACGAAGAAUGGCGACCCGCUGAACGGCCAGUGCAAAUAAAGCCACAGGAUAAUCUAAAACCAGAAGGCGAUUUUGAACAGCCUAAACACGAUGAAUGGCGCCCUGCCGAGAAACAGACGCCAAGAAGACCUAAAGAUAAUUUGAAGCCUGAGGGCGAUUUCGAGCAGCCAAAGCAUGAUGAGUGGCGUCCCGCUGAACGUCAAACUCCCAAAAAGCCCCAGGAUAAUUUGAAACCAGAAGGUGAAUUUGAACAACCAAAACAUGAGGAAUGGCGUCCUGCUGAACGGCCAGUGCAGAUAAAGCCACAGGAUAAUCUAAAACCAGAAGGUGAUUUUGAACAGCCUAAACAUGAUGAAUGGCGCCCUGCCGAGAGACAGACGCCAAGAAGACCUAAAGAUAAUUUGAAGCCAGAAGGCAAUUUCGAGAAGCCAAAGCAUGAUGAGUGGCGUCCCGCUGAACGUCAAACUCCCAAAAAGCCACAGGAUAAUUUGAAACCAGAAGGUGAAUUUGAACAACCAAAACACGAAGAAUGGCGACCUGCUGAACGGCCAGUGCAGAUAAAGCCACAGGAUAAUCUAAAAACAGAAGGUGACUUUGAACAGCCUAAACACGAUGAAUGGCGCCCUGCCGAGAGACAGACGCCAAGAAGACCUAAAGAUAAUUUGAAGCCUGAAGGCGAUUUCGAGAAGCCAAAGCAUGAUGAGUGGCGUCCCGCUGAACGUCAAAUUCCCAAAAAGCCACAGGAUAAUUUGAAACCAGAAGGUGAAUUUGAACAACCAAAACACGAAGAAUGGCGACCUGCUGAACGGCCAGUGCAGAUAAAGCCACAGGAUAAUCUAAAAACAGAAGGUGACUUUGAACAGCCUAAACACGAUGAAUGGCGCCCUGCCGAGAGACAGACGCCAAGAAGACCUAAAGAUAAUUUGAAGCCAGAAGGCAAUUUCGAGAAGCCAAAGCAUGAUGAGUGGCGUCCCGCUGAACGUCAAACUCCCAAAAAGCCACAGGAUAAUUUGAAACCAGAAGGAGACUUUGAAUCUCCCAUUCCUCAAAAAUGGCGUCCUGCUGAGCGUCCUGCUCAAAAGAAACCCCAAGAUAAUCUCAGACCUGAAGGCGAAUUCGAACAGCCAAAACAUGAAGAAUGGCGUCCUGCUGAAAGGCCUGAAGUUAAAAAGCCCAAAGACAACCUCAAACCGGAAGGUGACUUUGAACAACCGAAACAUGAUCAAUGGCGUCCUGCUGAAAGGCCUGUUCAAAAAAAACCUAAAGACAAUCUUAAGCCAGAAGGGGAAUUUGAAAAGCCAAAACAUGAUAAAUGGCGUCCCGCUGAACGUCAGACGCCCAAAAAGCCACAGGAUAACUUGAAACCAGAAGGUGAUUUUGAAUCUCCGAAGCCUGAAAAAUGGCGCCCAGCUGAGCGUCCCAUUCAAAAGAAACCACAAGACAAUCUGAAACCUGAAGGUGAAUUUGAAAAACCAAAACACGAUGAAUGGCGCCCAGCAGAACGGCAGACUCCCAAGAAACCGAAAGACAACUUGCAGCCAGAGGGCGACUUUGAAACUCCUAAGCACGAUGAGUGGCAUCCAGCGGAAAGGCCGGUUCAAAAGAAACCUAAAGACAAUCUUAAGCCUGAAGGAGAAUUUGAAAAACCAAAAUAUGAUGAAUGGCGUCCCGCUGAACGUCAGACGCCCAAAAAGCCACAGGAUAAUUUGAAACCGGAAGGAGACUUUGAAAAACCAAAACAAGAUGAAUGGCGUCCAGCUGAUAGACUAGAAGUGAAAAAACCAAAAGAUAAUUUACAUCCAGAAGGUGACUUCGAAAAACCAAAACAUGACGAAUGGCGCCCGGCAGAACGUCAAACUCCCAAGAAACCGAAAGACAACUUGCAGCCAGAGGGCGACUUUGAAACUCCUAAACAAGAUGAAUGGCGUCCAGCCGAAAGACCAGAAGUAAUAAAACCAAAAGAUAAUCUCAAACCAGAAGGAGAUUUUGAGAAACCUAAACAAGACAAAUGGCGUCCAGCUGAAAGGCAAACUCCUAAAAAGCCUCAAGAUAAUUUGAAACCUGAAGGUAAAUUUGAAAGGCCAGAAAAACCAAAACAUGUUCGUGGCGAAAGGCCCGUACAAAAGAAACCAGACGAUAAUUUGAAACCUGAGGGUGAUAUGGAAAUAAUAAGACGCACUGAUUAUACCGCAACUAAAGGGGAUCGCGUAGAUGUCGUACGACAUGAAGACCAUCUCAAGAUGGAAGGAGAAAUUGAUACACAUCGUUCGCGAGACGAUUACAAACGUAUUGACAAAGUUGAAAAAGUUGUUAUACAAAGACAUGAGGAUAAUUUGAGAACUGAAGGUGAAUUUAUUGAUCUUGAAAUUCGUAAUGACUAUAGUGCAACGAAGGGUGACCGAGCACUUGUAGUAAAACCUAAAGAUAAUUUAAAACCAGAUGGCAAAUUCUAUAAACCAGAAAUGGUCCCUUCCCAACCAGCCGAAAAACGAAAGCCAUUUAAACAAGUUGAUAAUAUUACACUAGAAAGAGAAACAGACAUCCGCCAAAAGCAAAAAAUAGAACGCGUUGAUAUUAUCAGAAGAGAAGAUAACUUAAAAAUAGAAGGAGAGUUUAUUGAUAUGAAACAAAGAAAUGAUUAUACCAGAGUAACAGGUGAAAGAGCAGAAGUAGUUAAGCACGAAGAUAAUUUAAAGAUGGAAGGGCGAAUGGAGAAUAUAAGGUCUUCCGACACGUAUCGGGUAGUAAAGGGUCAAAGAGUGAAAUUAACAAGAAGAGAAGAUAAUUUAAAAAUUGAAGGUGUAUUCGAGGACCAUAAGCGACGAGAUGAUUAUAAUAUUACUAAAGGUGAAAGGGCAGCUAUUGUUUAUCAUUCAGAUAAUUUGAAACCUGAGGGAGACUUUGAAAAGAGACCAGAACGACCAAAAUGGGCAACACCAGACCGCCCAGAAGCCAGAAAGCCACAAGACAAUCUUUACCCUGAUGGAAACUUUGAAAGUAGGCCAAAUACGAAGUGGCAACCCGGCGAAACUCCUGAUCAGGUACGACCUAAAGACAAUCUUAAACCUGAAGGUGACUUUGAAAAGAGACCUGAAUCUCACUGGCAACCAGGAGAAACUCCUGAACAAGUGCGUCCCAAGGAUAACCUGAAGCCAGAAGGUGAUUUUGAUAGACCCACAAGACCAAAAUGGGUUACAACCGAUCGUCCAGAUCAGUUUAAACCAAAAGAUAAUUUACAUACUGAUGGCGAAUUUCAAGACAAACCUAAAUCACAAUGGCAACCUGGUGAAAUACCGGCACAAGUUCGACCAAAAGACAAUUUGAAGCCCGAAGGGGACUUUGAUCGGCCAUCAAGACCUAAAUGGCAAACAGGAGAAAGACGAACACCUGUGAAACCUAAAGAUAAUUUGCAUCCUGAAGGUGAUAUGGACAAAGGAACUCCUACUAAAUGGAUUCCAGGCGAUACGCCAUGUCAGAUACGUCCAAAAGAUAAUUUAAAAUCAGAAGGUGAAUUUGCCCGACCUGCGGCUCAAAAAUGGAGCCCAACUGACAAAUUGCAACCUAUCAAACCAAAGGAUAAUCUCUAUACUAAUGGCGAAAUCACGCGUCAGGGCGAAGCACGUAGCUAUACCAGCGAGACUAAAAGUACCUUAACCGAUUUCGAUGGCCGUAAGAUCCAAUCACGUAUGACACAAAAUAAUUCCGAAAUUCGACAAGAUGAUAAACAUUCUGAAAAACAUUCCAAACAUUCGCACACGACAUCUGAACACUCUACCUCACAACACAUACAAUCAGGUACCACAGUCAAACAUUCAACUGUGUCGCACAAUGAUGUUAAUGAUCGAACCCGCACAAACAACUCAUUACAAGAAGUCGACUAUAAAACGCAAACUAAGGGCGCUAUUUCCAGAGACGUCAUAGAUAAGAGUUCAACGCAAACAACUGAUUUCAGAAACUUAAAAACAACGUCCUCAUCUACAACUAAAGUUAUGAAACAAGUCACAGAAAAGAAACUAAUAGCUGGAAAAUGGGUAACGGUUACACGUAACGUAGAAACAAAUGUAUCGCAUGGCUCCUCGGGCGAUAGCGGAAGUCCGACUCGUCCAGGUCUAAGACAACGUCCAGAUGAUGGCAGUCAAAGCCUAAUAUCUUCACAGAAGGGUCAUUCAGGGCUGAAACAUCAUUCUGAUGACGCUAGUCAACGAUUGAUUUCUUCAGAACAGUCGAUGACAUCCGUUAGCAAUCAAAAUGAAAAUCUUCAACGUUAUACAACUUCUACGGAAAGUCACAGUCGACAAAAUGUUGCACAUUCAAGUCGCAAUACAACACAUUCUGAAAAUUACGUAACAAGACAAGUAGGAGGACAAAAUAUAAAAUCAGUGCUGUCAGAUCAGUCGAUAGCUUCUUCAGAUAGUAGUAACAUUCAAAGACGUAUUGGAUCAAAUCAACAUACGAAUUUUGAAAGUCAUGUUGAUAGACAAGUCGGUGAUUCUUCUCAAAAGAACAUAUCUUCUAGCAACCAGGACUAUCACUCACAACGGAAUGUCUCAAAUGUUUCUAAUACAAGUCACAUGGAACAGCACGUUUCAAGAUCUUCUCAACAGUCUCACACUGUUAACAGAAAUCAACUCAGUGACAGUGUGACAAAAACGAGCGUAGAGUUUCAAAGAGCUAUGCAUGGUGGAAAUGACUCUAAGCCUGUAACAGACAAUUCAUCCCGUGUAGGUCAUCACAAACGAUCGUCCGAUUUAGUUUCCGAUGCAUCUUCUACUAACGCUGUCUUGCAUAGAAAAGGAGUCACAUCUAAUACUGAGGCACAACAUUCCAUUAGCUCGACAGCUGCUGCUCAGCGGAAAAGUAUCGGCAAUCUAGGAGACCGUGGGGAGUACUUUAGCAACGCCAGCCACAGCUCAGACAGGAAAAGCAUUAGUUCAAUGCACCGAUCAGCCAGAGACAACAUGGCGGUUAUUUCACAGCAUUCAGAAAGUUCCGAUCGGCGCAAUCAGAGUAGGAGAGAUGGCCAGUCAACUUUAGUGGUGGAGCGGCAGCCACGCGCUAGUACCAGAGAUAAUCUGCGCGUUGGCGGUGACUUCUACGGGCAGUCAGAAGCGCGGUCCUAUGGUAGUUUUUCCCGGUCAGAACAGACGCAGAGAGCUGAACGUUCGGAACACUUGGAACGCGUGCAGAGAGUUGAUCGGGUAACGCGACAUCAUGGGAAUUCAUCAACAUUCGUCCUAGGAGAUGGCGCCACUAGUUACAAACGUGAAUUCACCUCUCACGUACAUGGAACUUGCCCUGCCACUCUUAUCGAAUCGCCAAAAACGCCAUUCAAGCACACGCGAGACACACGUGAACAUAAGUUUUAUGCUGCUAAAGUAACUCAGAAAUAAUUUCUUGUUUAAUUUUAUUGUUACAGUUUUACAAUUCUCAAAACUAUAAACAGAUUAUAGAGUAUCUCAUAAUAAUAUUAUUGUUGUCAUGGAGCUAACAUUGCUAGUCCUAAUAUGAAUAACGUGCCUUCAUUCUGUUGUUUACGCAUAAUAUAUUUUAUACAGUUUAAUUAAUAUAAUUUAACUAUCUAUUACUGGGUAUAUACUUAUUUUAACAAUACCUUAUAUUGUCAAUCGUUGCCAUGUAAGUACAUAAUAAAACUUUAUAUAU